GGCGCUCGGAAGCUGCGGAGGGACGCGGGGUUUGGUUGACACGGCAGCUGCAGAAUGGUCGGCAGUGGCGGGAAGCGGCGGCCCGACAGGGAGGGCCAGCAGUGUGAAAAAACAGUUGCUGUGAAGAAAAGUAAGGCCUGUGAAGCUGAUGUCGCCAGUGACCUUCGAAAAGAAGUAGAAAAUCAUUAUAAGCUCCCCCUGCCUGAAGAUUUCUAUCAUUUCUGGAAGUUCUGUGAAAAACUUGAUCCUGAAAAGCCAGCUGAUUCACUUUCUGCAAGUUUAGGACUUCGCUUAGUGGGCCCUUAUGAUAUCCUUGCUGGAAAACAUAAAACAAAGAAAAAGUCAACAGACCUGAAUUGUAACCUUCACUGGAGGUUUUACUAUGAUCCUCCUGAGUUCCAGACCAUAAUUAUUGGAGAUAGUAAAACUCAGUACCACAUGGGCUAUUUCAGGGAUUCUCCUGAUGAACUUCCUGUGUAUGUUGGUACAAAUGAAGCAAAGAAAAAUUGUGUAAUUGCUCAAAGCGGAGAUAAUGUGUUUGCUGCAAUCAAGUUAUUUCUGAUGAAAAAGUUUAAAGAUAUAGCAGAUAAAAAGCAAGCUCGUCUUUUGAAGAGCAUAGAUGAAGAACUCACAGAAGCAGCCAGAGAACUUGGUUACUCACUCGAACAGAAGACCUUGAAGAUGAAACAGAGAGACAAGAAAGUUGUAACAAAGACUUUUCAUGGUGCAGGUUUGGUCGUCCCAGUUGAUAAAAAUGAUGUUGGGUACAGAGAGCUUCCUGAAACAGAUGCUGAUCUCAAGAGAAUUUGCAAGGCAAUUGUUGAGGCACCAAGUGAUGAGGAAAGACUGAAAGCUUUUGCUCCCAUUCAAGAAAUGAUGACUUUUGUGCAGUUUGCCAAUGAUGAGUGUGACUAUGGCAUGGGGCUUGAGUUGGGAAUGGAUCUCUUUUGCUAUGGUUCACACUAUUUUCAUAAAGUUGCUGGCCAGCUUUUACCUCUUGCGUACAAUCUGUUAAAGAGGAACCUGUUUGCAGAAAUUAUUGAAGAUCAUCUGGCAAACAGAAAUAGAGAGAACCUAGACCAGCUUGCAGCCUAAGUAAGAGGUGUUGACUGUGGGGUAUAAUUUAAAGCAUUAGUAUUAAACUUGCCAUUUUUAUUUUUGUUUUUAAGGAAUACAGAAAAUAAACUGAUGGAAACAUUUGCUAAAAA